AUGGCGAAACGCGCGCCCAAACGACAGCGAGUCAACGACUCGGAUAGCGAGACACUGGCUCCAAUCCUCGCUGCUGCGAGCUACGAGAGGCUGCACGACCUCGACUCCCACUCGGCGGCGUUCAAGCUCUCCCUUCAGAUCACGAAGAACACCAAUCUCACCGGUCUGCCUCUCAUGGAGCGCGCCAAUGUUGUCCAGAUUGUGUCGUACUACGUCAGAGCCGAGCGGGCGAUGCGCUGCAUGAAUAGCGGUUCCUGGCCCGACUCUGAGCGGCAUAAUCGAGGCCUGCGCGAGCGAGACCUGGCCAGCGUGUUUAGCAGCGAGGUCGGGGUCCUGUUCACCAGCCUACAGGAUGGCGCGCACAGCCAGAGCGUCUACAGCCGCAAGUUUAGCACCAUCGACACCAUGCGACGCAUCUUGCAGCUCAUCCUGAGCACCGACAUAUUCCUCCGACACGAGCUCUUCGAGGACAGCGAUCUUCCUCGCGGCACCCAGCUUGGCACUCAGUGGUGGGGAAGAGAACUGAUUGAGGUUGCCUUCCGGUUCUCCCAGAAGGAGCUCCCGCUGCUGAGGGAGGAGGGGGAAGGGCUGUUCGUCCGCCGGCUCGAGGAGGCCAGCGCCUUGGCCAAGCGGAACGCUGUGCUGCCUGAGAUCGACUAUGUGCUUGACCUCAUCCGCGGUGUUCAGCCUCGUCCGAAGAAUAAGGACCAGCGCAGGGAGUUCUUCCGCGCGCGCACCUUCACGACCACCGACGACGAGCGCACGCUCAAAAAGGCCACGGCGUUCGUGCACAAGGCUGACAUCAAGUCGCUGGCAAAGCUGCUCGCCGGCGCGGCAGAGCGGCACCCGGACGUCGCGCAGGAGAUCGUAGACCACGCCGAGGUGAAGAAGCAACUUGCGGCGAUUGAAGCCAGAUACCAGAAGAAAUAUGAUAUCAUGCUGAUUAACGCCCGCUUCGGGAAGUGCCGCGACCUGCUCGAACGCACGCGCGCGCACCGGUUGCGCGAGAUCAAGGCUGGCGCGCGCGCGGACACCCCGUACGAGGUCAAGGCCGCCAUCGUGGACGCCAUGAUCCGCAUCUUCGACUGCGUCCUCUCUCUCGGAGGCCAAAUCGGGGCGGAGAUGCGCGCCAAGGACGGCGCUGGCGUGCGGCCGGCGCCGUUGACGCUGUUCUACGGCGAGAUGCUCGUGGGCGCGCUGCUCGUCCUCCGCCUGCCCGAGUUUGAGCGCCUCCGGGUGUCCGGCUACGUCGUGGCCGCGGACAAGGGGCUCAACGGCAAGGGCAACCGCUCCGCCUCGGCGCUCGCGCGCGACAUCGAGCGCGGGCUAGACAACAUGCUGAGGGCGCUCGAGGCGAUGGGGGACAUCUUCGUGCUUGCGGUCGAGGCGAGGGCGGGCGGCGGGCGCAUGGGGCGGAACAUCCGCCAGAUUGUCGACGACUAUAACUGGGGCGAGAGGAUGCUCUCUUUGCUCGGGACGUUCUCGGACGAAGACUGGCAACUGCUGGCCGAGGAGGAUUACGACGCAGUCAUUGCGCACUUGGAGUUGUGUGCCCGCCGGACAGGCGACUACUGCGCUCUGGAGGAGGUGGGAGAGGCUGUGCGGGUUAUUUCCAACCACGCCGCCAUGCCAACCGUUCCAGCGAAGCGCGCGCGCACCUCACAGCCCGAGGGCCCCACAUCGAGCCCCAGUACCGUCGCGAGCACCUCGACACAGGCGAAAGCAAGCAAGCGAAAGGCGAUCGCCGCGCAGCUGGACGACGCGCCGCGCGCCGACGUGCUCAACCUCCUGCUCGACGAGGCGCUCGCUGACCCCGCCGUGCAGGGCAGGAUCAACGACUACGCCGAGGCGAAGCGGCGGGCGGCCGCGGCGCGCGUUGAGGACUUUGACCACUACUCCAAGUCGGCGUGGAGGGACAUCAACGUGACGUACAAGCGACUGCGGUGCUCCGAGCAAUACAACAAGGCGUUCGCCGUUGCCCAUUCCAUCGAACGCAGCCUGGACGACAUGGUGCGCCGGUCGCGCGGGGCAAGCUACGGCACGAAACUGUCGGCAGUCGAGACGAUGCGCAAGAUCUUCAAGUCGGUGUGUCUCAGCGCUGGGGGGGAGAUUCCGAAGGGCGUGCACCGGGCCGCCCUUGACGGCAUGUGGGAGAACAAGAUGCUCGCUGUGCUCCGUACUUUCUCGGAGGACGAGUGGCAGCGCUUGAGGCAGCAUGAGGACGGGGGAUGGGUCGACAAGCGUGGCGAGCUGUGCGGUAUCUGUCAUCGCGCCGAGGUGUUGGAAGGGAUCGAUGACGCGUAUAUCUUCGUGCGGGAGAAGACUGGGCUCGAGGCAGACGAUCUUGAGGCGGAUGAGGAGUGGGAGAAGGAGUGGGAGAGGCGGUUACAUGUACCAUAG